AUGGACACAGCCAACACCGCAGAAAAUGGUCCAGAGCCACAGGCAUCUCCAGAGGAUGCUAGCGCAGACAACGAAUACACCCGCCCAGCCACAGGCAAAUUCCGCUUCAAAUCCUCCACAUCCAAAUCCAAGUCCAAGUCUCACCGCGACGAACCAUACGAUACCCACCAUCGCCGCCAUCACCGGCAUUCCCACCGCCACCACCGCUCCAAACGACACCAAUCCAAGCGCUCGCCCUCCCCCGGGCCCCAAGACAACCCAUCCCGCCUCUCGCCCGACACCGCCUUCCGCGAGUCCCUCUUCGACGCACUCGGCGACGAUGAAGGCGCCGCAUACUGGGAGUCCGUAUACGGACAGCCGAUCCACAAGUACGCAGUCCCAUCCGUACCCAAGGGCCCAGACGGCGAGCUGGAGCAGAUGUCCGAGGAGGAGUACGCGGCGUACGUGCGCAGUCGGAUGUGGGAGCGGACAAGGGAGGGGAUUCUAGAAGAGCAGGAGCGCCUGCGCGCCGAGAGGGCGCGGCAGAAGCGACGCGAGGAGCAAAGCGAACAGAGCCAGCGCGAGAGGAUGCGGUUCGAGCGCGCGAUGGAGGAAAGUCUACAGCGCGGCCGGGAGCGACGGCGGCUCAAGGCGUGGAAGACGAUCUGGGACGAGUAUAGGCGUUCCUGGGAGGAGGUUAACCGGGAGGUUGGCGGGGGUGCGAGCGAGCGCAGGCCAUUCCGAAAUCUGGUCUUUUGGCCUGUUGAGUCGGGGAAACGGAGGGAUGUUUCGCGCGAAGCUGUGGAGGAGUUUAUGCGCCAUGCGCCAGUGGAGGCUUCGGGGGUGGGAGACGGUGGUCGGGCGGACAGCACGGCUGGCCUGCUUGCGGUGCUCAAGUCUGAGCGGAUACGCUGGCAUCCGGAUAAGAUCCAGCAUCGGUAUGGUGCGCUGGGGAUCGACGAAAGUGUGAUGUGCAGUGUGACCGAGGUCUUUCAGAUCAUCGAUCAUAUGUGGAAUGAGACGAGGGCGAAGCAGUCGUAG